AGUUCUUACAUCUACAAAGUGCUGAAACAAGUUCAUCCAGAUACUGGGAUAUCUAGUAAAGCCAUGUCUAUUAUGAACAGUUUUGUAAAUGACAUUUUUGAACGAUUAGCAGCUGAGGCAAGUCGCUUGACUAAUUAUAAUCAACGCAGCACAAUUACUAGCAGAGAAAUUCAGACUGCUGUAAGAUUGCUUUUACCCGGAGAACUUGCUCGUCAUGCCAUCAGUGAAGGCACAAAAGCUGUCACAAAAUACACAAACUCAACUGGUGAUAAAUAAUGACUGUUUAUUCAAAUCUAUAGUUUCUAUUCAUUUUUGUUAAUGCUAAUUGUGUAUAUUCAAAUGAUUAAUAAAUUUCUAUUUUUCUGUA